AUGAGAGAAGUUAUUAGCAUCAACGUUGGCCAGGCUGGUUGCCAAAUUGCAAACUCCUGUUGGGAGCUCUACUGCCUUGAGCACGGUAUCCAGCCCGAUGGAUAUUUGACGGAAGAGCGAAAGGCCGCCGAGCCAGAUCAAGGGUUCAGCACUUUCUUCUCCGAGACUGGUCAAGGAAAAUAUGUCCCCAGAACCAUCUACUGCGAUCUCGAGCCAAAUGUUAUCGACGAAGUUCGCACCGGUACCUACCGAUCCCUUUUCCACCCUGAGAUGAUGAUCAGUGGAAAGGAGGACGCCUCCAACAACUACGCUCGUGGACAUUACACUGUUGGCAAGGAGUUGAUUGAUCAAGUAUUGGACAAGGUCCGCCAUGUUGCGGACAACUGCUCUGGUCUACAAGGUUUCCUUGUUUUCCACUCCUUUGGUGGUGGAACUGGUUCUGGUUUCGGUGCCCUUCUUAUGGAACGCCUGUCGGUCGAUUUUGGUAAAAAGGUGAAGCUCGAGUUCUGCGUCUACCCAGCUCCCCAAACCGCCACUUCAGUUGUCGAGCCAUAUAACUCCAUUCUUACCACCCACACAACCUUGGAGCACUCUGAUUGCUCUUUCAUGGUCGACAAUGAGGCCAUCUACGAUAUCUGCAGAAGAAACCUCGGUUUGGAGCGACCCAACUUUGAGAACUUGAACCGUCUCAUUGCUCAAGUUGUCUCCUCCAUCACCGCCUCCCUCCGAUUCGACGGUUCCCUUAACGUCGAUCUCAACGAAUUCCAAACCAACUUGGUACCAUACCCACGUAUUCAUUUCCCUCUCGUUGCAUACGCCCCAGUUGUGUCCGCCGCCAAGGCAUCUCACGAGGCCAACUCUGUACAAGAGAUCUCCAUGUCCUGCUUCGAGCCAAACAAUCAGAUGGUCAAGUGUGAUCCACGUAACGGAAAGUACAUGGCCACUUGCCUCUUGUACCGUGGUGAUGUUGUCACCAAGGAUGUGCACGCCGCCGUUGCUACCCUCAAGACAAAACGUACCAUCCAAUUCGUUGACUGGUGCCCUACUGGAUUCAAGAUUGGUAUCUGCUUCGAGCCACCUCAGAUGGUUCCUAACGGAGAUCUUGCUAAGGUUAACCGUGCUGUUUGCAUGCUUUCGAACACCACCGCCAUUGCUGAAGCCUGGUCGGCUCUUUCGCACAAAUUCGAUCUCAUGUACUCCAAGCGUGCUUUUGUGCACUGGUAUGUUGGUGAGGGUAUGGAGGAGGGAGAGUUCUCCGAAGCUCGUGAAGAUCUCGCGGCUCUUGAGCGUGAUUAUGAGGAAGUUGCCACUGACUCUAUGGAGGGUGAUGACGGAGCUGAAGCCGAGUACUAG